CUUGACUUGAAGUUGAUGAUAGAAUCUUUACUGUUCACGAUGGAUCUAAGAAGAGAAGAUUUAGUUUGGAUGAGGAAACAGUACAACAGUACAUAUGUCUUUCAACACUCAAAUAUCAGAACUGAUGUUCCUAGGUAAGACUUUUACCUGUGACACACCAAGCAACCAACAUGUCUGCCCAGGAAGUGUUUGAGAAGAAGGUCGAAAAGGGGAUGAGUUCUUGUUAUCGUCCUCGGCCUGUUACUACCGAGAAACCAACUGAUGGUAGUAUGCACUUUACUAUCAUGAAGCAUCCAAAAGAAGCUUUGGAUGUGAUGAGUACUUUACGUCGUCUGACAAAAUUGUGCGAUGUGACGUUACUUGUUGGCGAGGAAAAGAUCCUUGCGCACAAAAUUGUACUUGCAGCGGCUAGUCCGUAUUUCCGUGCAAUGUUUACUGGUGGCAUGCGGGAAGAAGAGAUGUCCACUAUCCCACUGCAUGGAAUAUCACAUCAUACACUUAGUGUUCUUAUAGACUUCGCUUAUACAGCUGAAGUUCGAGUUAACGAAAUGAAUGUAUGUUACUUAUUACCUGCAGCCACCAUGUUCCAGAUGAAUCAUAUAGUUGAAGCUUGUAGUGUGUUCCUUGAGCACCAACUUGACUGUAGUAACUGUAUCGGUAUCUCUGACUUUGCCAGUGAACAUGGCUGUCUUGAAUUGGAAACCAAAGCUAGAGAAUUCAUAUACAGAAACUUUUCUGAAGUGAUAAAAUGUGAUGAGUUUCUUAUGCUAAAUCCAGGUCAGCUUAUUAACCUCAUCAAGCAUGAUGAGCUGAACAUUAAUUGUGAGUCUGAGAUUUUCAAUGCUGUGAUACGUUGGGUGCAACAUGAUGCAGAGAAGAGGUUGUGUAAGCUAGAAGGACUAUUGUAUGCUGUUAGGUGCCAUUUUCUGUCCCCUCAUUUCCUUGAAAAACAAUUAACAUCAUGUAACAUUUUAAAGAAAAUGCCCCAGUGCCAGGAAUAUUUGUCAAAGAUCUUCCAGGGUCUGAAGCUUCACCAGACUUGUCCAGAGAAACCAAGAAAACCUUGUUCUCCUUUGGUAGUGUUUACAGCAGGGGGGUACCUCAGACAAUCUCUUAGUAAUUUUGAAUGUUAUAAUCCCUGUACAAAACAAUGGACUCGUUUGCCAGACCUCCCCACACCACGGAGUGGGUUAUGUGCUUGUCUUGUGAAAGGGUCUUUUUAUGCAGUGGGGGGAAGGAACAAUUCACCCGAUGGAAACAUGGACUCCAAUUCAAUGGAUGUGUUUGAUCCGAUCCGAAACAUGUGGUUUUCUAAGUGUCCGAUGGCUGUACCAAGGAACCGUGUGGGUGUAGGUGUGAUUGACAACAUGAUUUAUGCAGUUGGCGGAUCACAAGGACAGCAGCAUCACAGUACUGUGGAAAGGUAUGAUCCUGACCAUGAUCGCUGGACGAUGGUGGCUUCCAUGGGGUCUAAGAGGAUCGGUGUGGGAGUGGCUGUUGUAAACAGACUCAUGUAUGCAGUCGGAGGCUAUGAUGGUUCAAAUCGGCUACGGAGCAUGGAAUGUUAUGACCCUGAAAAGGAUGAAUGGAAAUUUAAGGCUCCUAUGAACACAACACGCAGUGGUGCUGGUAUUAUUGGAAUGGACUGCCAUGUAUAUGCUGUUGGAGGUUAUGACAGCAAUUGCCAGCUUAGGACAGUGGAGCGGUACUGUACUAUGUCCAAUAAGUGGGAGUUUGUGGCCAAUAUGAGGAGUCCUCGGAGUGCCCUCAGUGUGGCCGUCCUCGGGGGCAAACUGUAUGCUUUAGGUGGAUAUGAUGGUAAUGAUUUCCUCUCAUCAGUGGAGUGUUAUGAUCCAGACAAGAAUGAGUGGGUAGAAGUUACGAACAUGACUUGUGGCCGAAGUGGUCACGGCGUUGCAGUUGGUGCAGAACCUUGUCGCAGCUGACAUCAGUAAUAUUCUUGCAUCUGAUUGGACAGUUUGAAUACAGAUGUAAAGCUGUGUAGGACUACAUUGUGAAGGAUUUAAAUCUCUGAUAUUUCUGAAAAGAAGGUCUGCUGUGAUAGUAACUGGACCGGCAAGCUGACUGAUGUACUGGUUCAGGUUUGGGAAACGCUGUCACUUGGAAAUCUUAUUGUUGUCUUCUAGUUCCCAUUAAAUUCACAAUCAAAAACAUACCCACAUGGAUUGCCAUCUACAAUCAAAUUGUUCAGAAACAAAAUGAGAAUCUCCUUCUAAUUUACUGUGUUACCAAAUAUAGACUGAUGAGUUACAGAAAUGCCCUUUCGCUGAUGAGACAUUCCAUUUUCAGAUUUAAUUUUUUAUUUUGGAGAGGGUGGGGAAUUCUGAAUAUUCCUGUAUUUAUUUGCUUCAUUAAAUAAGGAAUUUAAUUUCAUACAGAUGAGACUUGUUCAAAAUGAUGUUUAUCCAUUUCUUGCCUGAUAGAGUAACAAACAAACUCUAUAAAUUAAUCGCUAUAGAUAAUGGAACCAUGUGUUACACGAGUAUUUCUGUAGGUAGUAUGACAGCUAAAUAUUUAAACAUAAUCUUCAUGUUUUGAUAUGACAUGAUUACUGGUAAAAAUGUCACCAAAACAACCCAGUUACUUUCUGAAACAUCUGAUUAAGAAAAAAAUUUCAUUUUAGAAUUUGUUUAA